AUGAAUGCACCCAAAUGUUUUCGUUUAGUAUGGUGUAACACUGGUGAUCUGAUUGAACCACGAUAUCGACAUACAGCAUCCGUCUUAGCAGAUGGAAAAGUAUUAGUAGCUGGUGGAUACGAUGGUAUGCGUUAUCUAAAAAGUGCUGAGCUAUAUGAUUCAUCGACAGGCAUUUGGACAAUUACUGGCAUGAUGAAUACUCAACGACAAGUCUACACAGCAUCUGUAUUAAUAAACGGCAAAGUAUUAGCUGCAGGUGGAAACAAUGCUUAUGGUUAUCUACAUACAGCUGAGUUAUAUGAUCCAUUGACAGGUAUUUGGACACUUACUGAUAACAUGCAAAAUGCACGAGAUGCACAUACAGCAACUGUAUUAGCAAAUGGGAAAGUACUGAUUACUGGUGGAUAUAGUAAUGUUUAUCUAGAUAGUGCUGAAUUAUAUGAUCCAUCAACAGAAACAUGGACAAACACUAGUAAUAUGAAUAGUGGACGAGGGUAUCACACAGCAUCCAUACUAAGAGAUGGAAGAGUUUUAGUCGCUGGUGGAAGUA